AUGGCCCAGAACAACUGCGCAAACAACAUGAUCGCUACACACCAAAGGCGCAGUUGCACCAAAUUCACAGCCGACCGGUUGAAAAUCCUCAUCGACACUUUCAACCAAAAACCUUACCCGGGUUAUGCCACCAAACAAAAACUUGCUUUAGAAAUUAACGCUGAAGAGUCGAGAAUCCAGAUUUGGUUUCAGAAUCGAAGAGCUCGACAGUCAUUCCAGAGAACAGAACCUGAGCAGGCCUUGGAAACAAGCCAGGCCCACAGGCAACACCUCCCUGCAGAGAUUCAAGCUACUCUAGAUAGACGGUGCCACACCUGCUAUACAUCUUCCCAAUUACGCACUCUCAUCAAGGCGUUCAAGAACAACCCUUACCCUGGGAUUGAUUCCAGAGAACAGCUUGCUAAAGAUAUUGGGGUUCCAGAGUCAAGAGUCCAAGUUUGGUUUCAAAACCGAAGAUCUAGAUUAUUUGCCCAGAGAAAAAGAGAACCUGAUGAGAUCUUAGAACAAAUACAAGACAAGGGGUAA